AUGUACCCUCUGUUGUAUAUCACAUCUCUUCUCCACAUCCUUGCCAUCGCCUCCGCAACUGUCGUCCCAAACUGGGUGAACUUCGAUCUCCACCAACGAUCCAAUCUUCCUGUUGCAGACGAUCAACUUCCUUUCACCGCUGCAUAUACACCGUCGUCUGAGCCUCUCGCAAUCUCUCUAAAGGCCCGACCAACAACUGUCUACCGCCCGAAAUCUCUCGAUGCUCACGAGCACGCUCGGUUACGGUCACUUCUUCAUGCGGAGACUGAGCCUAUCGAAUGGGAGCAGAUGGUAGUCUCAGGACCAGACAUAGAAGACAGACAUACCCUCUCACAAUUAGCACGCAUGACUGCUAACGCGUACCAGCUUCCAGGCCACAAUAACUGGUACGACCUCGAUUCGUCCUGGAACGUCAACGCCAGCUUUCCAUUUGGGUGGGAUAACGACGAAGACGGAUUCCGCGGCCACGUUUUCACUUCUAGAGAUAAUUCUACAAUCGUGCUUUCGAUCAAAGGAACCACGCUUCAGGGACCUACAUCAAAGAAAGAUAAACUAAACGACAAUCUACUCUUCUCGUGCUGUUGUGCCCGCGUCGAUUUUUCAUGGAUGUUCUCGACAGUUUGCGACUGCUAUUCCUGGUCGGCCCUACAUCAACGAUGCGACGAUACAUGCUUGUCCAAAGCUCUCGUACAAGACAGCCUCUUCUAUUCCACCGGCGUCAAACUCGUGAAAGAUCUAAUGUUUCUAUACCCUUUCGCAGACAUAUGGCUCGUCGGCCAUAGUCUCGGAGGAAGUCUCGCUUCUCUCCUUGGUUCCACUUUUGGAUUGCCAGCUGUCGCGUUCGAGGCUCCUGGUGAAAGGAUGGCAGCGAAUCGUCUUCGCCUCCCACUUCCACCUCCCGUCGGAGAUUCUUCGCGACCUCCGGUGCCUAUUACGCAUGUAUACCAUAAUGCCGACCCGGUACCUCAGGGAGCAUGUACUGGUGUUGCAUCGCCUUGCGCUCAGGCUGGGUAUGCUCUUGAAACGAGAUGUCAUCUGGGAAAGAGCGUCGUGUACGAUACUGUCGGGAAACUGGGGUGGCAUGUUGAUUUGCGUAAGCAUGUCAUUAAGGAAGUCAUUUUAGAAGUCUUGGACCUGGAGGACCGCUGGCCGGAUGAAGACGGGAAUGAGUGGGAUGUACCUGUCGCCCAUGAAGAAGAGGACUGCGUGGACUGUUUUAAAUGGGAAUUCGGAGAUUACAAGAAGGACAAGGACGGAUAA